AUGGCAUCCCCACCUAGAAAUCCUCCUCCAGCCGUCGAUGGUGAUGUCCACAACGAUGCUGCAGCACCUGUACCAGCAGACCCAAAUCUGGCCAUCAUUGUUCAUCCAAUCAACUUUGAAGCUGUUCCUAUCAGCUACAUUGAGCCCGGCGACGAGCUGAACCCGAUUGACCCAGACAACUUUGAUUUUGUGGGUCCCUCUUCCACCGCCGGAAGAUUUCCAACGCGUCGUUCAAAGCGCACGAACCCUUUUCCAGAUCUGAACACUGCGGUGCCUCAACGCCGAAGAGGAGAAAACUCUCCCCGGAGAGGAAGCAGAGGUGGAAGAAGAGGAAGCAGAGGUGGCCGCACUCCAGUCCAGUCAAACCCACGAAGAGGUCUUCAUCUGGUAGAUGAAGAAACUGAUGACGAAGCAGGGGAUCCUACCUUUGCUGCACCACAGGCUCAAGCCUUGUCCUCCAGCUCCUCUGAGUCUUCAUCCAACAACUCACCUUCCCCAGCAUCAACUCAGGGGGAGACGUCGCAGCCCAGCAUGGCAACAGCAGCCUCUCAACAUUCUGUUCCUGAAGGUGUUGCUGCACCUGUUUCAGAAGGUGUUGCUGCACCUGUCUCUGAAGGUGUUGCUGCACAUGCUCCAGAAGAUGCUGCUGCACCUACUGUUUCAGCAAAUGUUCCUCAGAAUGCUGCUGAGGAUGCUGCCCCUUAUCAGGAUGAAGAAAUGCCUGAUUUCUCUGGAAUGUCAUCAGCAGAGCAUGUAGACAUUCCAUUUGUCGAUGCUCAGGAGUUCACCACUACAGAAGAAACUCCAUCAGCACCUCAGGGAGAUCCUCUGGAAACCCUGGCAGAAGCAGCAGCUCAAGCAGAUACAAUUCCUCCUCAGGCUGAAGAAUCAGAGAAAAGUGAAGACAGUUGGGAGGUUCCACUAGCUACUUUUCGCAAAAACUUGUCCUCGAACAUCUCAUCCCUUGGAUGCUAG